AUGACUAUAGCCGCUUAUGCGUAUGAAGCUGAUAGAGCUAAAUGUUUAUAUUUUGGUCAAUACUCUCUCACAAUUACUGACAAAUAUAUUGUUAUCAGUGAUGGAAAUACCGAGAAAUACAUAACAUGGAAGGACUAUGAAAAGUUUGACCCUAUUUUAACUCCAUGUACUAUGCCAUUCAUUGUAAAUGGUGAAGUUGUCAUGAAGAACGACACAACAGUAUAUAAGUCUGUUCAUGAAGCAUUAGAAUAUAUGUUGAAUCAUAAUCCCGAAAGAUUUGACCCAAGCACUACACCAUGUGCAAUGCCUUUUAUUAAGGACGGUGAAAUCGUAAGAGUUCCGGAUUCAACGGUUUACACAGCUGUUCAAAACAGUUUACAAAACAUUUUAGCGAAUAUCUUUAAUUCAGAAACUACAGAAAUAAAAUUACCGUAUAUAACAGAUGCUAAAGAAAUUAAAUCAAAAACGACAACAUUAUUUACGUCACUUAAUGAUUUAAUGACUUAUAUCAUUAAUAUUCCUGCACCAACUACAGCAUUUGAUCCAAACUCGACGGUUUGCAAAGUACCUUUCAUAAAUGACAGUUCAUUAAUUACUUUAAGGGAUUCGACAGUUAAUGAAUCAUUAAAGGCUUCAUUAAUGAAAAUCAUUGAUUUUAACUCAUUCAUGAAUACAUAUAAUUCAUUCAUUAAUGUUUCAUAUGCUUCUAAAGAAGGUGAGCCAAAAACUAUCGAUAAAGCGGUGUAUGAAAUAAAAGCAUCAACGACGAAAUUGAAUUCGUUAACUUUUGACGGUGAUAGUUUCGUUAAUGACAUAACAUCGGGGAAAACGAUUUUAACGAAAGAAUACUUAAAAUCUCAUGUUAGUGAGUUCGUUGAAAUUGAAAAAGAAGGUGGAAUUAAGUUCGAUCCACUGAAUUUCAUUUUCAGCUUAGCGAAUGCAGGUAUUAAUUUUGCCGAAUGGACAACAAUACAGAGUGAAAUAAACGCAAUAUGGACGUUUUUGGGGUCAAAAGCGGGAAUGAGUGAGCUUGUAAAUGCUGCAAGAACAUUAGGUGAAACGGGAAAUUUUGUCGAUGGUUUUAAAAGACUUGUUUCAAACGUUUUGACAAACACAAAGAAAUUAUUUAGAUAUACCGUACAUAACGGACGGAUUUUCGAACAGAUAGCAACAAACCCUCCGGUUAUGGCUGCGUUGAUGAUGGUUAGAGAUAUAAAACCACGUAACGACGGGAACGGAGAACAUGAACAACAGGAUACUGGUCGGGUUAUUCGAGACAUUAAAAACGUGUAUCCUGAAGUUAUUGAUUUAUUUAGAGGAGUUAAUGAUUCAAUUUCAAAACAUUCUAUAACCCUCGAUGAAGAGAAUAAAUUAACAGAUUAUAUAUUCAUCAUUAUUGCAGAAUUAAUGAAGAGAAUAAAUGAAAAAGGAAUUGGUGAUAUCAUUAAUGUCAGCGAUGUAAUGAUGAAAAGAAAUUUUGACUCAUUAUUUACAAAACCGAAAACAGAAUAUAGUCUUUAUGACGUAAUUACCGAAUUAAUGAAAAAGAUUAAUGAUAAUAAGAGUUCUGGCGGAAGAGUUGAAUUAGAAGUGAAUGAUGUUAAUGAAAAAUUAGCCGAAAAAGCAGACAAAAAUGAGCUUUUAGCUCUGAGUGAUAAAGUCAAGAACCACGUUCAUUAUAUAACUUCAGACGAACAGAUUAUAACGGACUACCAUGGAUAUUUAACACGAAGUGAUGAAGCGAAGACAAAAAAUGUUAAUGAAAGAAGAUAUAAAUACAUUCGUGCUAAAGGUUAUGACAUAAGCUGUACUGUACAGUAUGAUGUAGCUAAAGCACCAGAAGCAUUUGGUUAUACCGGUGAAAUUUAUGCCUCUACUUUCAAUGUUAACGGUGUAUUAGUUGAACCAAAAUUUACGUUGAGAGUUAAAUCAAAAAUAACGUUUGAAGAUGCUAUUAAAAGUAAAGCUGACAAAGUUGAACUCGAAGCAAUGAACAAAGUUUUGAAAUCUCAUAAACACAACAUCCCCGAUAUAAAUAAACUUCAAGCUACAUUAGACAGUAAAGCCGACAAGAACCAUACAAACGAAUCCUUCACUACUAUUAGAGCAGACGAUGUAAUAUUGAACUAUACUCUCGGUUCAAGCGCACCUUCAGAGAAUCCGAGUACAAGCGUAAAAGAUACACUAAACAAUUUAGAUAACUAUUGCAGGAACAAUGAUCAAUAUGUCAGAAACUUUGAAGCAUACACACUACCAACAAUGUUAGACAAGAAAGCCGACAAGAACCAUACACAUGAAGAAUUUCAAACAAUCAAGAUUAAAGAAAUUAAGGCAUGCAUCGAAAUAGUAACAAAAACAGGAAGAAACGGUGCAACUGUACAAGAACAAAGAAUUUAUCCUCCUACUUUUCCUAAUGGUUUAAUAACAAACAAUAUAAAUAUUGUAGAUGGCAAUAAAGUUAUAAACGUUAAACAUGAACUUCUAACAAUGAAGGCCCAGAUUCUUCAAACCAUAUAUCCUGUUGGUUCUAUUUAUACGUCAAUGAAUUCAACAAAUCCAGAAACAGUUUUAGGUUUUGGUACGUGGAAGCAGAUUGUAGACAAAUUCUUAUACUGUGCUAACUCUUCAAAGCAAACAGGAGGCUCAAAGAAAAUUAAAGAAGCAAACUUACCCCCACACACUCAUACAGGAACGACAAACUUUUCUGGUGACCAUAGCCACUCAUUAAGAGACCACCCAUUAUACAACUCAGAGUAUGAAGCUGGCAAUGACGUUUUAUCUCCAUCUUAUAACAAUGCAGCAAAAAAGAUUUUUCGACCAACUGAACCGGGAGGUAAUCAUUCACACACUUUCACAACAAAUCCAACAGGCUCGGGUGCAGAUUAUAUGCCACCAUUUGUGACUGUAUUCGCAUGGUACCGCGUUCAUUGA